ACAAAGAUAAACUUUUUAGUAUUUUUACAGAUAUUAAGAAAACACAUUAAACUACCAUAAUAAAUAUAUCAUUUUCUGUAAUUUUCAAUUUUUAAUAACUUUUAACCAAUAGUAAUUCAAUAAAAUCAAUUAAUUUUUUUGAAGUUUACAAUUUUUUCAUAGAAAACACAAAAAAUACUUAUUUAUGAAACAAAUUUUUUUUCUAAAAAGUCUAUCAUUAAGAAACGGAUGGAGUAUAAAAAACACUAGCAAUAUUCAACUAUGAAAUUAUUUUUUUUAUAAAAAUUGAAAUACAAGUUCAUGUUCUAAAUUCUAAUGCAUCCUAUCAGUUAUUUUGAUACACUUCCCUUAAUUUUGAUUGAGCCUUAAAUGCUAAUAUGCAUAUGGAAAACAAUAAUUAAUUUUUUGACCGGUUUAUGUUAUGCGAAUUGACUCGCUUAGUUCAACUAGUCUUCUUUGAAUAAUAUCAACUAUCAAGUACAAUGAAUCAUGAUUAUAUUGUUAUAAUUCAGGUAUGAAAACCAGAUUUUUACCCAAAGUAAAAGAAUCCAAAAUCAUUAAGUCAAAUAUUCCAAGAACCAUUAAUACAAAUGAAUAUGUAGUCAUAAAACAUGAACCUAUAAAAAUCAACAUAUAUAUAAUUGUAGACUAAAUCAAGUGUUUAGUUACAAUAAGAAGGCUUGUAAUCAGUAACGAAAUCAAUUACUCUCCAUUUCAUACCCCUCUUUGACAUUCAAUGAUGAAUCUUGUGAAGUUCUUGGUUAUUGUCAUGACCAUCUCAAUGGCUUUAUGUCCAGCAUUAGUCCAAUGUCGACAGAUAAAAUGUGACUGGUUAAGUGGGAAUUGCAUCAAAGGUGGAACAGAAGACAUCACGAAGAUGAUAUCAUAUAUAGGUGUGAGCCAUAGGAUUCUCCAAGGGACACGGUAUAUAAACUACGAUGCACUGAAGCACAAUGUACCAGCUAAACAACAUGGUCAAAAGGAUCGACCGGAUAACUCAUACCGGCGAGGUUGUACUCUCGCUACAGGAUGUUACCGGCUUACGAAUUAAAUAACAUAAAUACUAAUUUUUAUUUUUAGCGUAACACAAAAAGAUUUUUUGUUUUUCUCUUUGGUUUCCAUUUUUCUGUUAAUGUAUUUCUUAUCACCUUUGAUUGGCAUCUUCUGUAACAUUGAAAUUUUCAUUACUGUCUCCAGUAACAUUGGAAUUUUCAUUACUAUCUUAGGUAACAUCUAAUUCACUUGGGUGAAAGGGAAAUUGUAUAUAUGACUAACUGAAGUAUAUAAUCUACACCAUCAUUAACCUAGAAUUAGGGAGGGGGUUUAGGAUCAAUUAAUUUCUGUACUCGAUCUUAAGAUCCCAAAACUUUUAACCAAUAGUAAUUUAAUAACUUUACAUGACUAUUCUAAUACUUAAAGUAAAAAUUCUAGUAACCAAAUCGGAAUAGAAUAACCAACGAAACAUAACACCAUAUAAAAAGAUCUAGCAAACUUAGAUAAUGAGUCCGGCCUAGAAUUUUUUGUUCAAGAAAAGUACCAAUUCUGAAGUUUUGAAAACGUUUCUUUUGUGGUACUAUCUCCAUCAGCUUUCUCGAAAAUAUGUGCCAUGCUUCUGGACUGUGAAUCACUAUUAUUAGAUCUUGACAAUCUGUUCCAAAGCGUUGCAUGUUGAGUGUUGGAGAAUACAUUUUAUUGGCCAUAUGAAUGCUUCAAAUUUAGCUUGUAGUGGAGACAACCUUCUCCUACGGUUUCUGGUUCUAACAAGUAAUGUUUUCCUAGAUUGAUCUUUCCAAAUCCAACAUCGCAACCGUUAAAAUGUAAGUCUUGACGCCAAGAACCAUCGAACAUUCAAAUAUUUUGAAAGAUUACAGCUUAUGUUAAUUGAUGAUUUUUUUGUACGUCAAGUUGAUUUUCUCCCAUAUUUGCCUCAUGCCAAGCUCGAGAUUCCUCCUCUGUGUGUCUAAUGGAUAUCAAACUAGUUCCUCUAAAAAGCUUGUCAUUUCGAGCUUUGGGGUGAAUUUUUUUCCUGGAUAUGGAUCUCUCUCCUGUUAUAAGUAUUCUAAUUUGGUUUUUCUCCAGGACAUAUUGAUUGGUGUAUAAACUCGAUCUCUGAAAAUUGAUGGCAGGUUUGUCUAGUUCCUAAGUUCAAAGUUUGACGAGAUGGAGGCCAUUUGAAGAUCACAUGGUUUAUAGAUUCAUACAUAGCCCCCACAUCAAGGACAAUGAUUAUCACAUCACAUAUUGUAGAGCUUAAGAUUACUCAUACCCACCAAGUUUCCAUGCGUAAUCUGCCAUAUAAAAAGGCGUAUUUUUUAGAUGUCUUUAUUUUUCCAAGCAAAUGCUUGAAACAGAUGCAUGCUCGGCUCUGUACCCAUUGAUAUAGUUUUCCUGUUAAGGAUCAUUUGGCCACCCAAUAUCCAUCCGUAUUUAAAUGUAUACUGACUAUAUUUCGUAUAACUCCACGUAAGUCAUCCAUGUGCAGUGAUUGACUGACUCAGUGCCAAGCUUUGUAUAAGUGAAAUAUUGUCUAGCACCACUAAAGCUUCCAAAAUGGCAUUGACUAGUGCAAUAGCUUGAUCCGGUCUAGCCGAAGACGAUGGGACCCAAGAAUCCUCCAAAGCUCUGAUCUCAUAGCCAAAAUGAACUUUUCUCCUAUUAACCAAAGAUAACAAUGAUUUUGCUGCUGAAAUACUUGUCCAGGCCUAUGCAGGGCCGGUCUCGAGCAUAAGCGAGGUAACCGACCGCUUAGGACAUCAUAUUUUAAGCGAAAAAUUUAGUUGUAUAUAGGGCAUAAAAUUUUUUUUACAUAAAUAACAAAACCAUAAAAUUUUAAAUGAGCUUAGGGCAUCAAGAAAAAAAUGAGAAUGUUGGACCGGCACUGGGCCUAUGAUGGAUUACUACGAGCAAUAGCGAACAAAGUCUGUAACACUUGCCUCAUAACACCCAUGCUAAAAUAUAAUUUGGAUACUUAAUUAACCUCCACAAUUUCUUAACUAGUAAUGCUUGAUUGGUAGAGUGGAUGACAAAGUAGUAGCAAUAUACUAUAAAAACAGUAUACUCUUAUGAAUGCAAUUAAUAAAAUGAUUGGUAGAGCAGCAAUUAUAUAUAAUUAUUAUAUGAUAUAUAAUUUGCUUAUUUCUGAAAAUAUAGAUAUAUUAUAUGUAUAAUUAAUUUGCUUAUUUGUAUAGGUAUAUUAAUUUUUAUAUUUUAUUGACAAUAGUGAAUUAUAUUUAAUUAUAUAUAUAAUUUAUAUUUUAAAUGUAAAAGAAUUUUAUUUAUUUAAAAUUAAUUAACAUUUUUUUAAAAAAUAAUUAAUUUCUUAAAAAUUUAAAAUUAUUUUAAAAUAAUUUAAUUUUUAAUAUUUAAAUUUUAUUUUAUUUUAAUAAAUUUAUUUUUAUAAAAAAUAUUAUUUUUUAAUAUAAUUUUGGAUAUAAAAAUAAUUUUGUGAUAUUAUUAUAUUAAAUUAUUUGAAAGAUUUUAUAUAUUCUUAAUGCAAUUGCUCUACCAAAAACUUCAUAUGAAAGUAUUGAUAGAAAUAGUGGCUGACGUAGCAUAAAAUUUUAGUGGGGGCAAAUUACACAUAAAUAUAGAAAUUGAGGUUAAAAUGUGAUUUUUAAUAUAAAAAAAUAGCUAACAUUUACAAAGAAUUUGAAAUUUUUGUGGGUGCAAGUGUCACCCUCUUAAUACACAUGCAUCCGCCACUGGAUAGAGAGCAUUUGAGGACCAUUUGCAGUUUUGCACCACGUAGAUGCUAUUCUAAAUGCUUUUGAAAAAAAUGUUGAUUGGAUAAUGCUUAUGUUUAUGUUUAUGCUAAUUCUCUGCAAAUCAAGCAAGGUUGAAGUCAUGGAUCAAACAAAAUCAUAUACCCUCUUUAUCUUAAAUACUAUCUCACCAAGUCAAACGUAAAUUUGGUAAGAAAUCAUUCUAUUACCUUCUUCACUAUAACACUAUGAGGAAAAAAUGUGGAUAUAUAUUAUUUUCAUCUUUGGCCAUAAAUGACUUUAUUGUAUAUUUGUAUUAGCUAGUAUAUAUAUAUAUAUAUAUAUAUAUAUAUAUAUAUAUAGACUAACAAAGA